UUUCAGAAAAUCUCCAAAACUGCCAAUGUCAAAUUUUUGAACUUUUGCAACUGUUCAAAUGGAAACAAUGAAUACGUCAUUUGUAGAGCCAUUAUAUGCAGAUGUUGAACAACUUGAACCAGUCCCUCUACUUAGACAUUCAUAUCAACUAACUGUUCUUUAUACAGUUGCAUAUGGAGCUGUAUUCUUCACUGGUGUACUUGGAAACACGUUUGUUGUCUUAGCGGUUUGGGCUCAUAAGAAUUUAAAUAUAACCACGGAUUAUCUAAUUUUGUCUCUUGCACUUGCUGAUCUGUUUAUUUUAUGGAUUUGUCUGCCAACUACGUUGAUUAAUAGCAUUUUCACAGAAUGGCUUUGGGGUCAAUUUUUCUGCCGAUUGUCCACAUGGGCUAACGCAUCUACGUCAUUUGCAUCAGUUUACACCUUGGUUGCAGUGACGGCUGAUCGUUAUCUAGCUAUUUGCCAUACGUUGAAAUACAACACUAGCUGGGAUCGAGAAUAUACAAAAUAUGUUAUAUUUGCUGUUUGGCUAGUAGCUGCAAUAUUCGGAAUACCUAAUUGGUAUAACUAUGAUUUGAUAGUAUGGCAAGAAGGCAGUUAUGGUUACCGAUUAUGUACGUCACAAACGGAUCAAAAAUUAUAUUUUUUAUUUGUUAACUUAUUGCUGGCUUUCAUAGUUCCAUUUGGUUUGAUUUCGGGUCUAUACACGAGAAUAUUUAUCACUGUAUCAACACAUAGAAGUCUGGCAGUUGAUGCAAGAGCCCGAGAAGAUCGAGUAAAACUACGAGUUGCCACAAUGAUGUUAACAGUAAUAAUUGUAUUUGCUUGUUGCUGGUUACCUCUCUAUUGCAUCUUCACAUAUUUUUUCUUCUUUGCUGAUCAGCGAUCGGAUCUUUUUCAAAUUACUUCAAUGUUGAUUCGGCCAAUAUUCCAAUGGAUGUCAUUACUAUCGAGUUCUUUAAAUCCAAUAAUUUAUAUUGCAUACAGUCACAAGUACAGAAGAGCUUUCAAAAGUAUAUUACUGAUGCCAUGUAAGACAAGAUACGAAAGAGUCCGAAGCACAAUACUCCGUCGUCACUCUCGUGGCUUCAAAUCAACUGCAACAAUUUCAAUGUCUAAUUUUGGAACUGAACCAACAAAUUUAGGUGGAGCAUCUAGUUUACUUAUUGAACUAGAUGGAAAACAGGUGGAAAGAUCUACUUCUGAUUGUUAAACUUUUUAAAAUCAUUGAAUAUGAAUAUUUUUAUAUCUAGAACGUUAGGAGUUCAAACAUUUUCAGAAUCUUAGGUAUUCGAAAACAUGAAAACAUUAUUACGGAUUGAAUUAAAAAAUUAUGUAGUGUAUUAAUCAACAAUAGAGAAAGUUUUUUUUUAAUCAACUGUUUCCUACAACUAAACGUUUUCCAUGUUCCUUUUUUCAAUUACGGUUUUCCAUUUCCACGUGUUUUCUAUUGUUUCAACCAUCACAAAUGCUUUAAAUGUUUUUACUAGCAUGCAAUCUAUUUAUUAUCAAUACAUUUGUAUCCAUUCUACAAAAGAUUAUGAUGCUUUUUAAAUUCGCGAAUAAAAGUUUGAUAAUAUUUA